AUGGCUACGUCAAGGUCUUAUCCUACCCAGGCUCUUGAGCUCGAGACUCUCAGUCUCACUCACGAAGCCGGUGCAACGCCCAAGCAGCCAAACCCAGUUUUAUCCACGACGGGGCGUCGGCUGGGAUCGCAUACCGACCAUGCACAUGAGUCUGAUGAAUUCACUGGCUCAGGUGAUGAAGCCGCACCUCCGAGGGCCACUCUCGCUGUAGAGAAGUGGAACGAACCCAUUGGCAAUGCCUUUCGAGUCGGCGCUGUCUACUGGAGUCUUUUCGUCUCAGGCGCCAACGAUGCUGCAUACGGAGCUUUGAUCCCUUAUCUUGAGACCUACUACGAGCUCUCUUACCUAGUUGUUUCACUCAUCUUCCUCUCGCCAUUUGUCGGAUUCAUCGUCUCAGCAGCGGUCAAUAACUAUCUUCACAUGAACAUCGGUCAGCGAUGGAUCGCCUUCAUGUGCGGAGGAUCCCACGCCUUGACAUAUCUUAUCUUAUCGCAGCAUCCGCCUUAUCCUGUUCUCGUCUUGGCAUAUGUCCUCGCAGGUCUUGGUAAUGGCAUUGGACUUGCUGCUUGGAAUUCGUACAUUGGCAAUUUGGCGAGGUCUAACGAGUUACUGGGUUUUAUGCAUGCGAGUUAUGGACUUGGAGGUACUGUUAGCCCUCUUAUCGCGACUAGCAUGAUCACCCAGGCGAACCUUGGCUGGUAUGACUUUUACUAUGUGCUUCUGGGUAUGGCUGUUCUAGAGACCGCAACUCUCACAUACUCCUUCUGGCCCAAGACAGCUCAGAAGUAUCGCGAGACUGUUCACACCGAGAGCACUCGCAACGAGGGAACACGCGCUGCUCUCUUCGUCAAGCCUCAUGCUCGCGUCGUAUGGCUCUGCGCGUUCUUCCUACUCGGCUACGUUGGUACCGAAGUCGCUCUCGGCGGCUGGGUCGUGCAAUUCAUGCUGCGUGUUCGUAAUGCCGACCCUUUCGAUGCUGGAAUGACAGCCGUCGGUUUCUGGCUUGGCAUCACCAUCGGACGUCUGGUCUUGGGCAUGGUGAUUCCCAAGAUUGGUGUCAAAUUGUCACUCAUGAUCUUCAUUCCUAUCACCAUGGGGCUACAGCUCAUCUUUUGGCUCGUCCCGCAAUUCCACGUCUCGGCGGUAGCAGUUUCAUUGCAGGGCUUCUUUUUGGGACCCAUGUUCCCUUGUGUGAUUGUCGCACUUACAAUGCUUCUUCCGAGACAUCUUCACGUCAGCGCAAUUGGUUUCGCUGCUGCGUUUGGUGGAAGCGGCGCAGCUGUACUGCCCUUUGCUGUUGGUGCGAUUGCGCAAGCCAAAGGAGUACAGGUUCUUCAGCCAAUUAUUCUCGCUAUUCUGGCUGUGCUUUUCAUAAUCUGGCUUGGACUACCUAAGAUCGAGAAGCGAAAGGAUUAA